CCCUUACUCACAUUCACAGUACAGUGUACGCGAGUGCCGACAGCUGUACGACGGCCAAGGCGCUUUAGUCGACGAAGUCUCGUACUGUCGUGUGUCAGCAUCAGAAAGGCGCCACCGACUUGAGCAGCAGCCGAUCCUCUGCGCUGUGAUUGGAUCCAGUGCGACGUCGCGUGAGCCGAUUGGCUGUCUAUCCGGAUUUCGCAGCCAAAUCCGGAUACGCUGCAUUUCGCAUGGCCGAAAGCACCAGUUUGCUUCCAGUCGUGACGAGCAGCAGCGAUAGGCAUGUCCCUGACCACGCCCCACAUCGUGUCGCUUGGCAUGUUCUCGUACUGGCCGACGGCCCUCCAGAAGACCGCCAACGCCGACACGGAGCGCGUGUCCGUGCCCGACACGCUCUACCAGCGCCUCGUGCAGAAGGACCGGCGCGAAGAGCGCGCGUUUGGCUUCAUCCGCGAGAGCUACCGCGCGUGGCGGCUCACGGGCAUGGAGGCGCGCAAGGUCAUCGUGACGACGCCCGAGCCCAUGAAGGCCGAGGCGCCCACCAACGACGACCUGGUCGAUGCGCUCCAGCUCUUCCACGACGAGAUGCAGGAUGAUGACGAGAACGACGACCAUCGCAUCAUGCAGGACAACGCUGCGCUGUGCACGCCGACGACGUACGAGGCCAUGGCGCCGUUGACGAUGGCGCCGCCGCAUGCCAUGUGCUUGGAGUCGCCGCCGACAACGGACCUCGGCAGCGUCGCCGAGCCGCCGGCGCCGACCAAGAAGCGCAAGUUCCGCAAGUGUGGCUCGUCGGAUGCGACCAAAGUCUUGCGCGACUGGCUCUUCGACCCGCACCACCAAGAACACCCGUACCCGUCCGAGAAGGAGAAGAAGCUGCUCUCGGACGAGUCGGGCUUGACGAUCAAGCAGAUUGGCAUUUGGUUCCGGAACGCGCGGCAACGCUUGUGCCAGCCGACGCCGUCCAAGAUGACCAUCCACCCGGAGCAAGCCGCUUCGUUCAUGCAGCUCGUGAGCCUGCGUCAUGACGAGGCAACGCCACUUCGCCGCGGCGCAUGGUCGGCCGAAGAGAACCUCUACGCGCAGCGGCUCAUCGAGCUCUUCACGCAAGGCCACAUGCCGAUCCUCGAAGGCACGCCGCUCCGGUCCUUCCUCGCCAUGGCGCUGCACUGCCACACGAUGCGCAUCUCGAAAAAGUUUGUGCGCGACUCGUCCGUCGGCAAGAUUACGUUCCGGCGCGACCGCAUCUUCAACGCCCACGGUGGCGUCUUUGAGGGCAUUCUCCAAGACCUUUUGCAUCUCAAGGCCCGCGUGCUCGAGACGCGCCCGGCGAACGUCGCCAGCCAGAAGCACAGCGGCGACGACGCGGCCUUCCAGGUCCAGGCCUGGCUCCGCAAUGACCCGCCAGCCUUCAAGGCCGAGCCGCCGCCGCCGCUCGAUGACGCCAUGGAGAACGACAUGCUGGACGCGUUUGAGUUUGACCUUCUGGGGGCGACCUUUGGACCGUACGAGAUCGACCCGACCGUCGCUGCGAUGCUCUCGCCAUGAGCCAGACCAAGAGGACGGUGAAGUUGAGGACAUGGAAGAGACGACAAGGGACGGCGGUGGGGCGUGGGAUCGCCAAGACGACGAAAGUGGCAGGCAGUGCGUGGGAAGAUGCAUGAACGAGGAGUUGUGGUGGCGUUGACGAAGAGACAAAUGUAUGCAUUUUUGCUUUUGGUA